CCAGUCUAACGAAGUUCCCUUUUCUAUAUGAUCACUAGAAUGAGAAGCUUUUGAAUAAGCUUUUGUGCCCGAAUGAAGUAAACAUUAAAGUAAGUGUUGCGCACGAUGCAUACUAAAGGGCGAAUGAACUUCUUGCGAGCGAAAUAGUUCGGUAAUUUAUGGAAUUUUCCGCGAGUUAAUUUGUACCUGCUCCUUUGAAUUUUGUUCAACCACCAAUCGGAAAACUAAAACCCAUGGAAAGUUUUUAGACUUAUUUAAGCUCGGCUGAGCCGACCAAUUAAAAUCGAGCUUCGAAACCCGAGUACAGAGCGAAGUGGAAAUUGCGUCUUAAUUUAAAGGUUCAACCAAAUCAUUGCGCGCGAUUCCAUUUUAUUCUGGUGGAGUCAGUUGAAGUUUACGGAUCAUUUUCCGAAUUAAGAAAAGUUUCUUCAAAAGUGAAGCCAACGUUCGAAAGUUGUUUAAAUCCUUUCUAUAUUGCUUUCUAAUCUGAAUUCGAAGUGAGUUCGCGAGUUUUCCAUUCUAGUAGUUCGAAUCCAAUGAUUAAUAAUUCGAGUUCUUUAGUGUUUGAAUUUUCAGAGUUCAAAAUAGUUUGACCGGUAAUUGAAGAAUUAGUGAACAGUUUAUUGUGACGAUUCAGGCAUCGUCAAGCCCAGCCAACGUGGGCAGCUAGUUCCGGCUCAAAUCAGCUAGUUCCGGCUCAAACCCGCUAGUUCCGGCUAACGCAAACCCAGAAUCGUGCAGGCUAGUUCAAGAAGGCACCCAACAAACCACGUGCUUAGUAGACGAUGGUUGUUCCGGCUACGUAGUCCUUCCGACUGGGAGUGACUGUAGGCUGUGGUGGGUGGAAAAUUCUUGUCGACUAGUCAAGCUUUGCCGAUUCGAUCAGCUCAGACGUGAGCUUGUGCCCGAGCGUUUGCCUGUGGUGGUUCGUCGAUCAGUAUUCGAGCGGUUAGAUCGACGACGGAUUCGUUUCGCCAAAGCGUGAGGCGCAAGAGCGACGCCAACUACGCUCUCGCUCCACCAACCUCCAGGGACGCCUCUACCCUGAUGAUCGUGCCCACGCGCGAGUCAACCACCUAGGACAUUUUUCAAAUUGGAAUUCUACGCCUCGCCGGUCGUCGAGAGAAUCGAGUCUUCGCCGUUGGAGCACCUCGCCGGCGCAGUUCAAGGUCAGACCCAUACAUGCUAGCAUUUCUAAUUGAAUGAAGAAAUCCGAAAAUUGUAAUUCUUUAGGAUAAGACCUCUCAGUUAAAUGCGUGACGUCACUAGGGAAGUUUAGGAUUCCUGAAUUUUUACAAUAAACUUUGAGAGCUUGCAUACUUUGAAUUGGUCCUAUGCAACCAACUCUCUAAAUUCAUUUUUUUAUAAUAAAUUUCGUUGAAUUUUACUUUAUUUUCUUCAAUUACUUCUAGUUCAGAUAAGAACGACUUCACUAUGCUUUCGUCGUUUUGUAUUUAGUAAGCCUAUUUUUGAAUUUGUUUGUUCCUUAAGUUUGACCCUUUUCUGCCGCUCAGUUCUUGGUUUAUUUUUUUGGUUUAGUUUCCGAUCUUUAGUAUUUUCCGGUAUUUUUCCUGUUCAUUUAGUUCAUUUGGCCUUUCGGGUGUGCCAUUUUUGUUAGUUUUGUUUCUGCGCUUAACUAUUUGCGACCUGCCCUGAGAAGGGUAGUCUCAUACCGGGCUUAGACAGAGUAACGGUCCUUCUGAAUACGAAGGUGGCGCUUAAGCCGUUGCUUAAGGAGCAGAGUAGAACGUUAUAUUUUGGCGCCCAACGUGGGGCCUUCGAAAAGCAAUAGUUUUCAAAUUUAGAUUUUGGUAAUUGAAUUAGUUUUUGUAUAUAAAUUGAAGUAAAUUGCCUAUUUGAACUCUUACACAGUACUCUCAUUCACAUUUUCCAUAUAUUCUGUCAAUUUCAUCUUGUUUCUAAAUAAAUACGCGGCUAGGUUUAAGUUCGUUCGAUAAUUUCGGUAAUUAGUGAUAAAAUUCGGUCGGUAAUUAGUUCGGUUUUGGUUAUUAAGUUUCGGUUAUAAGCAUUUUCGGUUUAGUGAUAAAGUUUAAGUGAAUUGUGUUUGAAUUAGAUUAUUAUUUUUCUUUAAAUAAGUUUUUUUUCUACUUUUGAACUGAAUUUGGUUUGUUUGACAAUGGAGUGGUAUAAAAUAAAAGCUUGUUAUUUGGACGAAAGUGAACUUAAUUAUGAACUACUGUUGCGUGAUUAUUCUACGAGGGGAUCGCUCGAAGAACGCCGACGAGACCUCCGUGCAGUACUUCGUGAUCCAGAAUCGGAGCGACUGGUACGGGUGACGGAGCACAUGAUGAUUGAUGACCUCUGUACGGUACCGAGGAAGCUGAAGGAGAUUGCGGAUAUUUUGUAUCAGGGAUCGGAUCCUUCGUGCCUUUCUCGCUUGGUACACUACCAUCAACGAAUCCGACGUUAUCAGCCUCGUACUCGGCGACAGCAAGAAGACGUACAGUACUUGCUCGAUUUGAUCUCCAGAAUAACCAUGCACUAUUAUGGCCUCAACUACGAUGAUGCAUUACGUUCGGCACCAGUCGCUGAAUCGACCGUACAGGUCCAGUUACCGGAAGGAAACGGUUCAGGUGCGCCGUUAAACAUGGCCGUUGGAUCACAGCCGGUUCCUCAUAGUUUCUCUGAGCAGCAGAUGAAUUCUCAGCACUACCAGGAGUCUCCAAUCUUGAGGACCUGGAAUGACACGGAAGGAGCGGUUGGCGGAAAUGCUGAUACAGCGGAAAAUGCGACGGAUGUGAUACCAGCACUCGUUGAAAAUCUCUUGAACUUCCGGAACCAAGAACAAGGACACGCGACAGGAGCCAUCCCGCGUCAGAUGAGACUACCCAGCUUGCCAACUGCGCCUUUGCUUCAAGAAGAAGAUCAAGCAGUUGGAAAUUCGCAGAACAAUCGUGAUUUCGAGAGGAGAGUAGCAUCGGAGCAUAUCGAAUUUCGCCGGACGGAAUCCCAGCGUGGAAGCCCUGCUACGUUCGAACCUCCUAGGAUUGAUGUGUCACCGUCGGUUCCAAACCCAUUUGGAACCAUCUUAGCGUCUCGUACCGUACCUGUAAAUGAAAAGGUGAAGAAUAGUGACUACGUCCAUGUUUCCGAGAUUACAACUUACGUUGAAAAGUGCUUUGAUCAGUUGCUUCGCCAACGGUUCCCCGGACUCGCGGGUGACCCAACUGUUGAUUCGCUGUCGAACAAUCUGAGUGGUAUGAAUCUACAAUCCAGAGGACCACUUCCUCGUGCGAUGUCCAUCCCAAGUGAUCAUCCGAAUCGAGUUGGUAGAUUCCCUGAUCCUUCGCCACCUUUGCAGAUGUCUGGAAACGCUAUGGGACACCGUAGCACACCGGUACCUGAUCCAGGAGCAUGGAAUCCUGUAAACCCGACCGGUCAACCUAGGAAUGAUUUCAGAUCAUCAGCACCCUCAGGUAUAGGAAAUGUCACGUUCGCCCCGAUGAAUCAGAUGAACUCUGGCAGACUGUCGACAGGUGGAUACCCAAGAAGAUUGCCGCAUCAGCAGUGCAGUAUUAUCGAAAAGUGGCCAAAGUUCUCGGGCGACACCAACACGGUUCCUGUAACAGACUUUCUGCGUCAAAUCGAUAUCUUGUGUAGGUCCUACGAUAUUACGAAGCAAGAAUUACGGAUGCAUGCCCAUCUACUUUUCAAGGACAGUGCGUACGUGUGGUAUACUACGUACGAAGAAAAGUUUACGUCGUGGGAGAUGUUGGAAUCCUACCUUAAGAUGAGGUAUGACAAUCCAAACCGCGAUCGUAUAAUUCGCGAAGAAAUGCGUGCUAGGAAACAACGGCCCACGGAACUCUUCAGCGCUUAUCUAACGGAAAUGGAAAUGCUGGCCCAAAGGAUGAUGAAGAAGAUGACUGAAGCUGAAAAGUUUGAAGUUAUUGUGGAGAAUAUGAAACAAUCGUACAAGCGUCGACUCGCGUUGGAACCGAUUCACUCGAUUGAGCAUUUGGCGCAACUAUGCUUCAAAUUUGACGCUCUCGAGUCGAAUUUGUACACAAUCUCCGGACAUUCGCGUCCAGUGAUCCAUCAGCUUGAUUGCCAUGAAGAUUCUGACGAUGGUCAGCAUGAAAUUGAAGAAGCCGAAGAACUCAAUGCAAUCAAAGCGAGAUUUAAUAAGAAGAUUCCGACUAUUAAACCGACAAUGGGUGAGAACCAGGAUAAGAUAAAGCAAUUGAUUUGUUGGAAUUGCCAAGGAGUGGGACACAUGUGGCGGGAAUGUGAUAGAAGGAAGACUAUCUUCUGCCAUAUUUGUGGAUUGUCCGAUACUACGGCCUACCGGUGCCCAAAUAAGCACGAACUAGGUCAAAGAGACGAGUUGCCAAAAAACGAUUAAGUGAGGGCAAUUUCGGGAAUCCAUGUCCUCCAAGCAUUAACCCAGAGGUUCCCAAUGCCGAAUACAAUAUCUUCAAUCUCGUUCAUCAGAUAAAAACCAAAUUUCAUCGCUGUCCACACUUAAAAGUGAAAAUCCUGUCGGAAGAAAUCGAAGGUCUUGCAGAUACCG